AGUACACGUGUCCACGUCAGUAUUUUAAUAAUAUUAUAUUUUCAUGCUUUUAGUGAAGAAUUGUUUUACUAUCAGUCAUAUUUUAAAACGGGCAGUUUCGAAAUAACCAAAGAAAACAACGAUUCUAAACCGGAACGUGCCUGAAGGAAUCAACUGUAGUUCUCUUUUAUAGCGGUUUAAAAUGUAUCUGAAAGUAUAUACGGGUGUUUGCAAUAAUUUAAUCUCAGACGUAGAAAUAUAACCAAGAUUCACGACGACCAUUGUAUUGAUAGAGCAGUUGUUUAAAUAAAAGAGCAGCGUCAGUUUUGGAAAUAUCACAUUUUAUAUUUGUGUCAGUUUUUAGUUAAGUAAAUUGGAAAAUUACAAGCGGUGUGUAUUUCAGUAUGCUAACGUGACGUUUUUCAGCAGGUUUCAUUUGAUUUUAUGAAGCAGAAUUAGUUAACACUCAAAUCAACCCCUCGACAGCAGUUCUACUAAAUGUCCACACGAGGGCAGCAUUGGAUAGGAAAUGAAAGCUAAAGCCUCGUCUGUCUCCCUGAAGUUCGCUACCAAUUGUAAAGAGCAGAGGACAGCUCAGCCGGAGGCGUGUGUCUGUGUGAAACGACUUUAUUUCAUGUGAUAAGUUUGUGGAAGAAGGACGCCAUGUGAGGAGGCGUUUGCUCUUGUUUUACACAGACUACGAGGGACAGCGCUCGUUAAACCAGGUCUGUGAGGAUGAGAAGGUCUCCACAGUCUGGAGUCUGGUCUCUGACAGGCUCAACAUACCUGUCAAUCAACAGGGACUCCUCUACAAAGACAAGGCGCUGGUCUGUGAGGAUGAGAAGGUCUCCACAGUCUGGAGUCUGGUCUCUGACAGGCUCAACAUACCUGUCAAUCAACAGGGACUCCUCUACAAAGGCAAGGCGCUGGCAGGUGCAGCACGGGCUGACAGAUGAGGUUCAGCAGCUGGAAGGCACCAUGACUGCUCUGAAGCAGAAACGUGCCCAAUCACAGGACGUCCUGCAUGCUCUGUCCCAGCAGCUGACUCGUAUCGAGGAGGACAUCGCCUGCAAGACCAGCUCCCUGUCCCUGGAGAGACGCAGCCUGGACACACGGAGCAAACUGAUCGUCCCACCAGAGAAACACGUCCCUGAAACUGACACCUUCAACCGCACCCUGAGCCCUGUCAAGAGCCGCCAGCUGGAGCUCGCUUGACAGCUCCGCCUCCCCAUGAAAUAAAGAAAGAGAUCAAUAAAUAUUUGUUCUGUAAAAUCA